UACGCACAACAUGCACAAUGGCAGACGAUCCAAAUUUCAUUUUUGUUUUCUUUACAGUCUCGUGCUGUAUUUGGCUGCAAUGCAUUCCGGUUUCCUGCCAAGAAAGCGCAAAGUAUGGCUUUGACAAAACAGUCUAUGCAGCGACUGAACCAAAACAGGCCUGGAACUAUACAACAAUCCGUCCUCAUGCUCACAUGUUCUGGUGGCUGUACUACACGACUGCUACUGAGGGUUACUUGAAUAAACCAUUGGUCCUGUGGCUACAGGGAGGGCCAGGUGCUUCGUCUACUGGAUUUGGUAAUUUCCAGGAAAUUGGGCCACUUGAUGUUGAUUUGAACCACAGGACAACAAGCUGGAUUUCCAAGGCAAGCUUGUUAUUUGUUGACAAUCCGGUUGGAACCGGGUUCAGUUAUGUGGAUGAGGACUCAGCAUACACCACCAAUGUUAGUAUGAUCGCUGAUGAUCUUGUGCUACUCAUGAGGCAGUUGAUGACGGUGGAUAUACCUCACUUUCAGACCAUUCCAUUUUACAUCUUUUCUGAGUCAUAUGGAGGAAAAAUGACAGCAGCUUUUAGCAAGGCUUUGCAUCAUGCUGUGUGGGCGACUGGGCUUCCAUGCAACUUCAAGGGUCUCGUUAUGGGUGAUUCCUGGAUCUUGCCAAUAUAUUAUGUCAUGACAUGGGCUCCAUAUCUUUAUUCAACAUCCAUUGUUGAUCGAAGAGGAUUUGAAAACAUUUUAAAGGUCGCCAAGGAUGCACAAGAUGCUGUUGAGAAGGGGGAGUUUGCUCGAGCAACUCAGCUGUGGAGCGAGACUGAAAAUGUUGUGGAGGCGAACGGAAAUGGAGUUAAUUUUUAUAACAUCUUGAAAUGGAACUCUGACUCUGUGCGGCAAAUUACUGUUGAAGAGAAAAAGGUCUUCCAGAAUAAACCUUACUUAGCGUCUUUAUAUGGUCAUCAUGUUCUUCCUAUGGCAGAAGAUAAACUCUCCAAGUUGAUGAAUGGCUUUGUUAGAGAAAAACUUCGCAUCAUUCCAAGAAGGGUGAAAUGGGGAGGUCAGUCGGGCGAAGUGUUUUCCAAACAGUCGGGAGACUUCAUGAAAAGUGUGGUUGAUAUUGUUGACUUCUUGCUGGACAUGACUAACCUGAAUGUUGUAGUUUACAACGGCCAGCUUGAUCUCAUCUGCAAUACUCUAGGAACAGAGAACUGGGUACAGACAUUGAAGUGGCCUCAUCUGCAAGACUUCUUCAAUUCGACGAGGAUUCCCAUCAUGGACAAAGCAACUGGGGAGACGCAGGCUUUCGUCAAACGUUUCAAGAACUUCUCGUUCUAUUGGAUUCUGAAAGCUGGUCACAUGGUGCCUGCAGAUGCUGGGGAGACAGCCCUCAAAGUGCUGGAUAUGAUCAUAAAAUAUUAGGUGUAACCUAAAUAAUUUGCAAAGCCCAGUAUUUUCUCAUGUCUGGUUGUUUGCUAAAACAUGAUUACCAGAUUUUGUUCCAAUUACUUACUCCUAAAUGUGCAAUUCGAUCAAAAACAUUUCGACACUGCAUUUUUAAGGGCUGCUUUAUACAAAAUAUUUGUAUUAACUCAUGAAAAUAAUUGGCUUACAACAGUGCCAUGAGUUUGAUAUGUGCUCUUUUCCUCUUUUAUAAAGGAGUUGUAAAGGUGCUUCUUAUUUAUUCAUAACAAAAAGUAACGCAAUGGACAUGACCUGUUUCAUAAAUUCUCUCACUAAAUAUGAUAGACAUGUAAUGUCAGCAGUGAUAACAUUUUUCUGUAGUAGGUAUAGUAUGUAGAUUCAUUUAUCAAUAGCUUUCGAAAAAUGAGUAGGUUUAUUAUAUGCAUUAAUCAUGUGUGUGUCGAUAUUAUUGGACACUUCAAACUCUACAUGUAGGUUUGGUUUGUGGGCAUUUCUCUAUAUUCAGUUUUGUGGAUUCUGGUGUCCUGUAGAACUGUACAAACUUACAUAACCCUCUAUUUCAAAUGCCCAGAAAUCUAUCCAUCAUCUCCUGAAGUGUGAACAUUUGGCGGUUUACAGUAUUGCAGAAGGGCUGUCCUCCCCAAUCAGGUUGAGUUUAUUUCCGUUUUACGGGAAAACAUAGAUCACUUUUUACAGCUGUGAUGAAGUCUUUUUACUCCGCACAAGACAGCUUACUUUUCAUGAAUGUUGGUUAGAAUACAUGAUGUAUGGUUUUUUUCGAUGUCGUAGAAAUUACAAAAGCAUCUCUUCUUUGUAAAGUCUAUAUAUAUAUAUGCACUUGUAUGUAAGUAAAAUAUAUUGAUAGCUUAUAAUUA